AUGACAACUUUCAGUGGAAAAAUUGUAAAGCGUGAUGUAAAUUUACCAAAUCGUGAAGAUGAAGGUAAAUUAGCUUUUCUUAUAUUUAAUGUUCUUACACCAGAUGAAUGUCAACAAUGGAUUGAAUUGAGUGAGCAACGGAGUUAUAGUGCAGCCACUGUGAAUGGUUAUGGAUUUUCAGAAUUGAUGACAGAUUUUCGAAAUAGUGAUCGCUGUAUAAUUGAUGAUGUGCAAAUGGCAGAAAUUCUUUUUCAACGAAUCGAAUCAUUUUUACCAAAAACAUGGAAAAAUUAUGAGUUAGUUGGUCUUAAUGAACGUCUACGAUUUCUUCGCUAUGAUCCUGGACAAUUUUUUGCGGCACAUAUGGAUGGUGAAUAUCAUCGUUCUAAUGGAUCAGGUGAACAAAGUUUUCUUACUAUUCAACUCUAUUUAAAUGAAGGAUAUCAGGGUGGCGCAACUACUUUUAUUCACAGCACGGAUUCAAAUAAAAAUGUUCGAUGUGUACCUCGUACAGGAAUGCGGGAUGUUGCAAAGGAGAAUCAAUCGAGAAAAUUAGUCUUACUGUUCCUUCCAAUAAAGUUGCGACGAAUAGAACAAAUACGACAGGCAGUUGCUCAAGAAUCUAAGAAAUACUCGUCAAGAUCACCAACAGUAUGUCAUUGGACAUUAGAAGUUUCGAAUUUUUGUCGUCGCGGAUAUGGAGAUAAUAGUCAACCCAAUUACUGCAUUGUGAUUAAAACUAAUUCUCGUUCUAAUAAUCAUAUCAAUGAAUUAUCACAUCUUAUUGAACAACAAAAUAAUGAUACUCCUCCACCAUAUUCUAAUUCAUCUCUUACUUUUUGUUCUCAAUGUGGUGAAAUUCAACAGAAUCCGUCCGCUCGAUUCUGUUCAUCAUAUAAAACAACUGGAAUGAUAGGCGGUAAAAUACAGUAUGUAUCUCGUGAUUACUAUCGGACUGAAAAAUGUUAUGAAUACAAUGUUGUUAAUGAUGGUACUGGCUAUUUUCAAAAUUGUUGUACAGGAGAUGCAUGUAAUAAGAGUCAUGUUCUUUCCAAUUCUCUUGGUUUAUUAAUAAUUCUUCUUAUCGCUGUUAAUAUCCUUAAAUUAACCAUUAUUCAAUGA